CUCCACAACUAAACCCGUCUUCCAAAUCGGCGAGGCGAGGCGAGGCGGCGAUCGGAUCGGCCGGCGAGCAUCACCGCCGCCGCCGAAGGCAUGGCGGAGGAGGCAGACGCCAACGCGGUGGCCGAUGAUGGCGGGGUCGAGGAGGCUCCGUUGGUGGAGAGGAUGACCCGGGUGCCGCUGGACGUGGUGGACUGGCUGCUCGCUCUCCGACGAGAGCAAUUCGCCGACGCCGCCUCCGGCUACCAGUUCAUGCAUCCGGCCGGCUUCCUCGAGGCCUCGCCGGAGGAGAUCGCCGAAGAGUGGAGGGAGCUGAUGGACGAGGGGUUCGAGGCCGGCGACUGGUUCGAGAAAGCCGACGACGUGAUCGAGAGGUGGAUCGAGUUGGUGCGAGCACAGAUCGAGAUCAAAGACGGUGAUGGCGGUCGGCGACGACAAGCCGGAGACCACUGACGAUCGAAUCGAUCGACCACGUUAUAUUUAUUUCAGCAUGCAUGAAGAAGCAAUGAACACGAAAAACCAGUAGAGAGGAGGCAUUUGUGUUAUCUCUGAUGUAUCCGUCUAGUGAUUUCUCUUGAUUAUUUCUCAAUUCAUCCGCAUACAUUCAAAUUGCAUAACUCAGUUAAUCGUCUAGCUUAGCAAUUCCAUUGAACCUAUUACUGAGUUUUGCUUUUCUGCUCCUCGUUCCACUCCUUUUUUUUGAUGGUACAGUCGUACAGAGCUUUCCUUCUCAUAAAAAAAGGGAUGGUACAGAGCUUGGGAUGACCAAAAGAUGAACUUGGUGAUAGUUUUUCUCUGUCUAUAUAAUGCUUUCUGGGACAAUUUUUUAACUGUUGAAUUACAGGGAUAAGGCCUCAA